AUGAAACUCGCUCAGGUUGCUGCCCUUUUGCUCGCUGUGGGGACCACUGUCGCCCAUGAGCUGACCCCCUACGAAUGGAGGCACCAAUGUCCACAGCUCGAAUCUCUUAACCCCAAAACUGGCAAGCAACUUUCCGGCCUCGAUGAGUACCUCAAAUCCGAAAAGUUCCUUGACAUCUCCGUCGCGCGCUUGUCUGGAGCUGUCCAGAUCGACACCACCAGCCAGACGCCAUGGCAGGAUUUGCCUGGCGAAGACCCUGUGUGGCAACAUAUGUCUGAGUUUCGCGAGUACCUCAAGAAAACAUUCCCUCUGGUCCACCGGCACCUGGACCUUGAGCGAGUCAACAAGCAUGGUCUCAUUUACACAUGGAAGGGAACGAAUUCAUCUUUGAAGCCAUCUCUCUUCCUCGCCCACCAAGACGUCGUCCCCGUGCCAGAGGAAACAGUACCUGAAUGGGAGCACCCUCCAUUCAGUGGAUUCUUCGACGGAAAGUAUGUGUGGGGCAGGGGUGCGAUCGACAGCAAGACCACACUCAUUGCGAGCAUGUCAGCUGUUGAGUCAUUGCUCAGAUUUGACUACACCCCCCAGAGAACACUGGUCUUGGCAUUUGGCUUCGACGAGGAGAUCUCUGGGCUCCAGGGAGCCAAGAAAAUUGCUGAAAAUCUUGUGAAGCGAUAUGGAAAGAGCGGGAUAGCCCUGCUCGUUGAUGAGGGCCCUGGCAUAGUCCAUCAUAAAGAGCUUCGCACGACCUACGCCGUUCCGGGAUUGGCUGAGAAAGGUCUCUUCAACGCAAACAUCUCCGUACAUAUGGAGUCUGGCCACAGCGCUCUCUCAGCUGAUUAUGAUGAGAACUCCAUCGCUGUCGUGGCUGCUCUCAUCGAGCGAUUUCACGAACAUCCGAUGCACGGCGAAGUCCAAGCACAUGACCCAUUCCUACAAGCAGUUUUCUGCCUGGGGCAGCACGCCGGGUUGGAAGACAAGUGGGUGGAAUAUUUCAAGCGCAUCGACCAGAAUGAGACAGUCAUCAAUGACGUUCUGCCCUUCGUCAUCGACAUGAUGCCACAUUUGAAGCCGCUUGUUGAUAACACUCAAUCUCUGGCCAUGAUUCAUGGAGGAAACAAGAUCAAUGUUCUCCCUGAACGCACAGUACUGUCGAUCAAUCACCGCCUGCAUCUCGGUACUUCCGUUGAGCAAGCCAAGAGUCACCUGGAGCAGAUCAUCAAGGACCACAUAGCAGAUACGAAUGGGGCGAAAGAUGAACCGAAACUCACUUUCCGCGGCUGGUCUGACCCUGAGGUCGCUGAUUCGAUCAAACUGACGGCACUCCCGGGGGCCUUGGAGCCAUCGCCGGUCACUUCGUUUUCAGUCAACGGCACGACCCCAUACGGUGUUCUACAGGGCACAAUCCGAAGCGUGUACGGAGACAGUAACUUGACACUUGUGGCUCCAGUGACCAUGCCUGCCAACACCGACUCCCGGCACUACUGGGAUCUCACAGAACACAUCUUCCGCUUCAGCCCCGGGCACGACAUGGCGGACCCCACCGAUAACCAGAUUUACAGCAACGCGCACAAAAAGAACGAGCGCGCAAAUAUCAUCGGGCAUGUCAACGGUGUGAAAUGGUACUCCACAUUCAUACGGAAUAUGGAUGAGGCGGACUUACCUUGA